CCACCCCAGCUAGAACCAUCUGAGAACCUAACCAAUCAACCAAUUCACUACCCAUAUAUCUUAUGUGUGUGUAUAUAUAGAUACAUGUAGUUACACCAAUCUCUCGUCCUCUCAGAAAUCUCUAUGUGGGUAGUGUUUGAACUGGUAUUAGAAUGAGCAACAUACCAAGAUCUCUCACAGACGCUUCUUUGACACUCUUCAAACUCGCAAUCUCUGCCUCUGAUCCCUGGCCUUUCUCUAUUCUUUUCUCGUAACAUCAAAUUCCCCAGGAAAAAAAACAAGACCCCAGGAAGAAAAAACUAGGAUUCCUACAAAGGGUAGGGUAGCUUCCAAUUUCAGUUUUUGGGUUUUGUUGCUAUGAAGAACCAAACUCACCACCACCACCACCACUUCCAUCUUCACAUACCACACCUUCACUUUCAUCAUCAUCAUCAAGAGAAGGAGCAGGAGUUGAAAGAUGUCCCGAAGGGUUGUCUAGCCAUCAUGGUGGGUCAAGGUGAGGAGCAAAAGAGGUUUGUGAUCCCUGUAAUCGAUGUGAAUCAUCCUCUGUUUGAGCAAUUGUUGAAGGAAGCAGAGGAGGAAUAUGGGUUUGAUCAGAAAGGACCCAUUACAAUUCCUUGUCAUGUGGAGGAGUUUCAAGCUGUUCAAGGCAUGAUUCACAACGAAAAAUCUCACCACCACCACCACCACCACCACCACCACCACCUUCUUCUUCAUGGCUUGUGCUUCAGGGUUUGAUUCAUUAAUUAUCCUGUGUAAAUUUGCUUCCCUUUGUUUGUUUAUUUCCCAUCGAUACACGAUUAUGACGAAAAAAAUGAAGAAUCAGAUUGAAGUGUUCGUAUAAAUUUGUGAUUUUUAUUGAAUUUUAUUUUGAGUAAACAUAAAUUACAUAAUGUUGUUGUUGAUAUGAACACAAGAAAGUGUGU